AUGGUAGUGAUAAGUCCGACGGUUUCUCCCGAACAGUUUUCUUCGGAAAGUAAACUUCAUGUUCCGGUAACUCAAACUCAAAUAAGUGUGGAACGGAUUCAUUUGAACGGAGCCCGUGCUCUAUCCCCGACAGAAAGACAGGUGAUGACAGUGGACACGAUGACGGUGACGUCAGGAAGUCGACGAGACGUCAUCGAACAUCAAGUUGUUGAUCAUCAAAAUCACAGAAGGUUUAGCGAAGAAAGUAAUCCGGGGGAUAAAAUGAGAUUGGAAGAUUCGGAAAGAUACACGGAGGAAAGUGAAAGGAAACGUUUUAGAAGUUCGGAAGAACGAGACGGGGGGGGAGACGUGGCGGAUAAUAGACAGAGGAAUGCUUCCGAAAUGGAACCCGAGCGUCGGAUUAAAGACAUGAGCGAUGAUUUUAGAUUUCGGGAAAUGAGACCCGAUAUAGAAACGAGAUUACGUCCGGAAAUCGAUGCGAGGUUAAGAGUCGCUUCGGAAAUGGACAGAAUAAGGGAAAUAUCCGAAGUUGCGAGAUUGAGAGAAUUAGCGGAAGCGGAAAGGAGGCUAAGAGGAGAAGAUAUACUCGCGGAAAGAUACAGACUGUCGAAAGAACCUCAAGAUUUACACAAUCCCGCUUUUAGUAGAUUAAGAGACAUUUCCCUAGCGGAAAGUGGCCAUUUAGAUAAAUUGGGUUUAAGAGAAAGGGAAUUGAUCGAAAAUGAACAUUACACGAAAUUGAGAAGAGACACCGUCGGUGGUCACCAUCAUCCCCAGACUGUAUCCAACCCUCAGAGGUCCAGGUUUAUGAUAACCGACAUACUCUCGGGUCAGGGAGCACCUCAUCCGCCGACGGGCGUCGGUCGUAGUCCUUGUUCUAGUCCUGCUUCCAGCGUCGGUGACGGUCCUCGGGAUCUAUCCGUACAUUGCCGGGAUCCCGGGGACAGCGACGGUCACGAAAGUGGUACAGACAGUGGCGUACCGGGAGAAGGUUCAUCCGUUUGUUCAAACGAUAUUUUAAUACGAACAACAAACGCAAUAUAA